ACCGAAUUGAUAACACCCAUUUAGGGUUGGCCUAGUGGUUGGAUCUGGAGUUUAGGUUCGAUUCUCUCUAGUACCAAUUUUGAUGGGCAAGUCCAUACAUAACUUGCUCUGGCUUUAAAUGGGACCCCCUGCAAGUGGGCGGUGAGAUCGGAUUAGAGAUCCUUGGAUCGGAGAAUUGUGCAUUGAUUACAUUGAAUUUUCAAAAAUAGAUUUUCUCUUCAUUAAACUAAUCAAUCAUCUAUAAAUAUUGUUUCAUUUAAUUUUACUUGACAGAAAGAACAUAUUUCCAUUUUGCAGAGGGUUUUAAGACUUGUUAUAUCAUGGCAGAGUUGGUAGCUGGGGCAUUUCUUCAGUCUUCCUUUCAAUUGAUUAUCGAGAAGUUAGCUUCGGUUGAUAUUAGAGACUACUUCAGUAGUAACAAUGUUGAUGCCCUUGCGAAAGAACUUAAUAUUGCACUUGAUUCUAUCAACCAAGUACUAGACGAAGCAGAGAUAAAGCAGUACCAAAACAAAUAUGUGAAGAAGUGGCUUGAUGAUCUUAAACAUGUUGUUUAUGAAGCAGACCAACUAUUAGAUGAGAUUUCUACUGAUGCAAUGCUAAAUAACCUGAAAGCAGAAUCUGAACCACUUACCACCAAUUUAUUGGGCUUGGUUUCAGCUUUAUCUAGAAAUCCAUUUGAAUCUAGGCUCAAUGAACAACUGGAUAAACUAGAAUUUCUUGCAAAGAAAAGGAAAGAGUUGAGAUUGGGAGAAGGUCCUUGUGCUAGGAAUGAAGGCUUAGUCAGUUGGAAACCUUCAAAAAGGUUGUCAUCUACAGCUCUCGUGGAUGAGUCGAGCAUAUAUGGUCGAGAUGUUGAUAAGGAAAAAUUAAUCAAGUUUUUACUUGCAGGCAAUGAUAGUGGCAACCAGGUUCCAAUAAUCAGCAUAGUCGGUUUAGGAGGGAUGGGUAAAACCACCCUUGCUAAGCUUGUGUACAAUGACAACAAGAUAAAGGAGCAUUUUGAACUUAAAGCAUGGGUCUAUGUUUCAGAAUCUUUUGAUGUUGUUGGACUCACCAAAGCAAUUCUCAAGUCGUUUAAUUCUUCAGCAGAUGGUGAAGACUUAAAUCUACUCCAACAUCAACUCCAAUACAUGCUAAUGGGCAAGAAAUAUUUGCUUGUUUUAGACGAUAUCUGGAACGGGGAUGCGGAACGUUGGGAGUUGUUACUACUUCCCUUUAACCAUGGAUCUUUUGGAAGUAAGAUUGUCGUGACAACACGUGAGAAGGAGGUGGCAGAUAAUGUCCUGAAAUCGACAGAGUUAUUUGAUUUACAACAAUUGGACAAAAGCAAUUGUUGGAGUUUAUUUGUGACACAUGCUUUUCAAGGAAAGAGUGUGUCUGAAUAUCCAAAUCUUGAAUCAGUUGGUAGAAAAAUAGUGGAAAAGUGUGGAGGGUUGCCUUUAGCUAUAAAAUCAUUGGGCCAACUUCUGCGGAAAACAUUUUCUGAACAUGAAUGGAUUAAUAUAUUGGAGACUGAUAUGUGGCGUUUAUCAAAAGUAGAUCACAACGUUAACUCAGUACUGAGAUUGAGUUACCAUAAUCUCCCUUCUAAUCUAAAGCGUUGCUUUUCCUAUUGUUCCAUUUUUCCCAAGGGUCAUAAAUUUAAAAAAGAUGAACUGAUCAUGCUUUGGAUGGCAGAAGGUUUGUUGAAGUGUUGCGGAUCUAACAGAAGUGAAGAAGAGUUUGGUAAUGAAAGUUUCGCUGAUCUUGUGUCAAUUUCUUUUUUCCAACAAUCAUUUGAUGAAAUAUAUGAUACAUAUGAGCACUAUGUCAUGCAUGAUCUUGUCAAUGAUUUAACAAAAUCAGUAUCUGGAGAAUUUAGUAUCCAAAUAGAGGAUGCUAGAGUGGAACGUAGCGUUGAAAGGACACGUCAUAUUUGGUUCUCUCUUCAAUCAAAUAGUGUUGAUAAAUUACUAGAGCUAACUUGUGAGGGACUACAUAGUCUGAUACUAGAAGGCACCAGAGCUAUGUUGAUAAGCAACAAUGUACAACAAGAUUUGUUUUCAAGACUAAAUUUUUUGCGGAUGUUAUCAUUUAGAGGUUGCGGUCUCUUAGAACUAGUUGAUGAGAUAAGCAAUUUAAAACUUUUGCGUUAUCUAGACCUCUCUUACACAUGGAUUGAAAUAUUACCUGAUACCAUUUGUAUGUUGCAUAAUUUGCAAACACUCUUGCUGGAAGGCUGUUGUGAAUUGACAGAGCUCCCUUCAAAUUUUUCCAAACUCGUCAAUUUACGUCAUCUUAAACUUCCAAGUCAUAAUGGACGCCCUUGUAUUAAGACGAUGCCAAAGCAUACGGGAAAGCUAAACAAUCUUCAAAGCUUGUCAUAUUUUAUUGUGGAAGAGCAGAAUGUAUCUGAUCUUAAAGAGUUGGCAAAACUAAACCAUCUUCAUGGAGCAAUUGAUAUUGAAGGGUUGGGUAAUGUUAGCGAUCUUGCAGAUUCUGCUACUGUAAAUUUGAAAGAUACGAAAUAUUUAGAAGAAUUACAUAUGAAGUUUGAUGGCGGAAGAGAAGAAAUGGAUGAGUCAAUGGCUGAAAGCAAUGUGUCAGUCUUGGAGGCUCUCCAACCAAAUAGAAACUUGAAGAGGCUUACCAUCUCAAAAUACAAAGGUAAUAGCUUUCCAAAUUGGAUAAGGGGUUAUCAUUUACCAAACUUAGUAUCUCUUAAUCUACAGUUUUGUGGAUUAUGUUCUUUGUUGCCACCACUUGGGACACUCCCCUUUCUCAAGAUGCUUUCUAUUUCAGACUGUGAUGGAAUAAAGAUCAUAGGUGAAGAGUUUUACGACAGUAGUUCAAUAAAUGUGCUGUUCAGGUCUCUUGAAGUUUUGAAAUUUGAGAAGAUGAACAAUUGGGAGGAAUGGUUGUGUCUUGAAGGGUUUCCUUUGCUUAAAGAGCUUUAUAUAAGAGAAUGUCCCAAAUUGAAAAUGUCCCUGCCUCAACACCUUCCUUCUUUACAAAAAUUGUUCAUUAAUGAUUGCAAGAUGUUGGAAGCAUCAAUUCCCAACGGUGAUAAUAUCAUAGAUUUAGAUAUAAAGAGAUGUGAUAGAAUUUUGGUAAAUGAAUUGCCGACCAGCUUGAAAAAGUUAUUCAUUCUUGAAAACCGGUACACGGAGUUCUCCGUAGAGCAGAUUUUCGUCAACAGUACCAUUCUUGAAGUGUUGGAGUUGGAUUUGAAUGGCUCUUUAAAAUGUCCCACUUUGGAUUUGUGUUGCUAUAAUUCUCUUGGUGAACUUUCAAUAACAAGAUGGUGCUCCUCCUCCUUGUCUUUUUCACUACACUUGUUCACAAAUCUCUAUUCUCUAUGGUUCGUCGAUUGUCCGAAUUUGGAUUCAUUUCCAGAGGGAGGUUUGCCUUGCAACUUGCUUAGUCUUACAAUAACCAAUUGCCCAAAACUGAUUGCUUCAAGACAGGAGUGGGGACUCAAGUCCUUGAAAUAUUUCUUUGUUUGUGAUGAUUUUGAAAACGUGGAGUCCUUUCCAAAGGAGAGUCUGCUGCCACCAACUCUUUCGUAUCUUAAUUUGAAUAACUGUUCAAAGCUCAGAAUAAUGAACAACGAGGGUUUUCUCCACCUUAAAUCCCUCGAAUUUCUAUAUAUCAUCAACUGUCCUAGUCUUGAGAGAUUACCAGAGGAAGCUCUACCCAACUCCCUUUAUAGUUUGUGGAUUAAAGAUUGUCCAUUAAUUAAGGUGAAGUACCAAAAGGAGGGAGGAGAGCAGCGGGAUACAAUUUGUCACAUCCCUUGUGUUGUUUUUUUUGAGGGAACAUCCCUUCUGUUAUGAUUUGACGAAAAUUUAUACAUUUGGCAGAGGAAAUGAGAUGUUGCCGCAGGCAAGUACAAGCCUUAUGCUAUUUUUCUUUUAACUAGUUAUUUUUAAUUUUGACAUAAGAAAGUAUUAAUGUUUUUUGUUUGCAUAAUGAUAAGACUGUGUUUCCAUUUAUAAGUAAUUUUAUGUUAAAUGUUGAAUGAUGAGAUCUUCGUUCCUUUGCUCCUAAGGUGAUUUUGAUUCAAUGUUAUGUUUCACUAACUGUUGUUUCAUUCAUUUCUUGUCAGUUUCCUGAUUGCAAAUGUCUCCUGAAACUAUUUUACAAAGAUCGUGUGCAUUGUGUGAUGUGAGGACUCGGGCAUCCUCUUCAACCUCUGACUCGGUGCUCAGAAGUUUCAUUUAAUUUUCAGUCUCUUUUUAAUUUACUGUAUGUAUGUAUGUUCCUUCAAAGUUCAUACACUACUUUCAUUGCAGUCCUUCUGAUUGGAUUCAAAACGGUUGCUCAGUGUUCGUAAUCUUUGAUCGAAAUUCAUUACUUUUCUCAGUUUGUGAAUAGGUCUAUCUAUCUGCAUCACUAGGUGUAUGUAUCUCUAUUGAGAAACUGUGCUUUUUAUUGGAAAAUAUAA